CGUUUAUCAAAAUAUAUUUUUGUAGAAAAAAGUGCAAAAUAGAAUUAUUGACAAAAUAUAAAUAAAAAUUUAAGAAAAGGAAAUUAAUUAGAGAAACGAAAAAAUGGGAAAAAGGCAACAUCAAAAGGACAAAAUGUACUUAACGUACACUGAAUGGUCUGAGUUUUACGGAGGAAAAAAAACAGAAUCGUUGGAAAAUGAACAUAUUAAAUUUAAACGAUUACCAUUUGAUCACUGUUGUAUUACAAUGGUACCAUUUGAAAAUCCGUUUUGCGAUUUAGAUGGAAAUUGUUAUGAAUUACAGGCAAUAAUAGAUUUUUUGAAGAACUUUAAAGUUAAUCCAAUUUCAGGCAAACCACUGGAUGGAAAAACUUUAAUUAAAAUGAAAUUCUAUAAGAACAAUGAUGAUGAAUAUCAUUGUCCAGCUUUAUUUAAACCAUUUACGAAAAAUUCUCAUAUUGUUAUGGUUGCAGAAAGUGGAAAUGUAUUUUCUUGGGAAGCUAUUGAACAGCUUAAUAUUAAAACAAAAAAUUGGAAGGAUUUAGUUGACGACACACCUUUUCAAAGAAAGAAUUUAAUAACAAUACAAGACCCAAAUAAUUUAGAAAAGUUUGAUAUAACAAAAUUUUAUCAUAUAAAAAAGAAUCUGAAAGUGCUUACUGAAGAGGAGAUUAAGGAGAAAGGUGAUCCAAAAAAGAAGAUAAAAUCUAUGAAUUUAGAGACAAAGGAAACAUUAUUAGAAUUGGCUAAAGAUUAUAAAGAACCUGAAGAAAAGGCAAUAAAAGAAAAACCUGUAGCAGAUAAAUUUAAUGCAGCUCAUUAUUCAACAGGAGCCGUUGCUGCAAGUUUCACUUCAACAGCUAUGGAACCUGUAAUUAAUCAUGAGCCGGCAAUAAUUGAGGAAAGCUUAGUUAAAUAUGAAAAAGUAAAAAAAAAGGGAUAUGUCCGUUUAAGUACAAAUUUUGGCCAAUUAAAUUUUGAAUUGCAUUGUGAUACGGUGCCAAGAGCUUGCGAAAAUUUUAUUAAACAUUGUUCAAAUGGUUAUUACAAUAAUACUGCAUUUCAUCGUUCUAUACGAAAUUUUAUAAUUCAAGGUGGUGAUCCAACUGCAACAGGUACUGGUGGAAAAUCUAUUUGGGGUAAACCAUUUGAAGACGAAUUUCGUCCAAAUUUAUCUCAUUCUGGUAGAGGAAUAUUAUCAAUGGCUAAUUCUGGGCCAAACACAAAUUCAUCUCAAUUUUUUAUAACAUAUCGUUCCUGUAAACAUCUUGAUGGUAAACAUACAGUUUUUGGAAAACUUGUUGGUGGAAUCGAUACGUUAAAUAAUAUCGAAAAGAUUGAAGUUGACAAUAAAGAUCGACCUAUUGUAGGCAUUUAUAUUGAAAAAGCUCAUGUAUUUGUUGAUCCUUUUCAAGAAGCCGAAGAACAAUUAGAAAAAGAACGUCAAGAGGAAGCUAAAAAGCAAGCAGAGGAAAUGGCAAAAAAGGAUGUAAAAAAACAAGCCCAAACAUUAACUGUUCAUCGUCAAGGAGUUGGAAAAUAUUUGGAUAUAAAAGAAAUUAAAAAGAAAUACGAAAUACGGAGUACAAAGACAAUAGAUGAAGUGAAGGAACCAGUUGUUAAAAAGAGAAAAGCGAUUGAAGGCUUCUCCAAUUUUAAAUCAUGGUAAAUGCAUGCAUGUCAAGUCGGAAAAUGUGAAUAAAAUUAAAGUGUCAAA